UAAUCUCUUGUUGAUCCAUACACUGCCUUCAGAACGCAUAAACCAGGAAGCAGGAUUUUUCCUUCGUUUCAAAAGAAUUGCUCUCCAAACUAACUUCCGCGAACUGUGACAUAAUUUCCAGUAAGGGAGCAUAGUGAGCAUCGAUGCUCCCUGGUUUUUGUGGUGGAAUUUUUCAGGGAGCAAACACUACAGUACACUGGAAGGAUUUUGCGAUUGAGACAACCCUUAAAAUGGCUGAAACCCUGAUCAGUGCAUUGAACUAUGGAGCUCAUUGAGACACCCAUUAUAUCAGCUCCUAAAUCAACUGCCUGUUCAACUGUUUCAAGUGGAGACAUGCAGUGUGUGAACUGAUACUGAAAGAAAUCUAAUCUUGUUGUUUAGGAUCUGAAUGAUUUAUACCAGUGAACCUAAAGACUCCACAGAUGAUGAGGAAACCAAAAGGGCAUCAUAUUAAUUACCUCAACCAUCCUUCAUAUGUUGAUGAACUGAACCUCAGCAUACACAAAUUUUACUGUGGAUUGCUUUUCUUCUUUCUGCACUCGCUGCUCUCAAGUUUGAGCCUACAGAGCCUGAUGGCAUCACAAGGUGGAGAGAAACCAAUGUAUCUAUGACCAACAAUUCACUACUUCAUCUAAUGUGUUGUUGAAACCAUAACGGAGCUUAUGAAGUCUGGAGAAGAAACGUUUGACUCUGCUUUAAAAAAAAAAACUGUCUUGCACUUUAUGUGAACAUGAUCAAUUUAGGGAUCAUGUUAUUCAUUGCUGCUACUUUGAACUUCAAACAGUGUUUCAGUGCGUGUGCUCGUGCUGAAUAUGAGAUACUUGGAGAAUGCUGCCCCAUGUGUGCACCAGGAAACCAUGUUUAUUGGCAUUGUACUGUAGACACAAGCACAACUUGUGUUCCAUGCCCUGCAUCAACUUACAUUGAUGAACCUAAUAGGUUGGAUAAAUGCUUUCCCUGCUCUGUGUGUGAUGCAGCACUAGGUCUAAGAAUAAAGAAAACUUGCACACGCUCUGCAGAUACUAUUUGUGAGCCAUUGGAGGGAUUCUACUGCACUGAGCGAAAGAAAGACAGCUGUAGAUUUGCUGUGAAGCACUCUGAAUGUUACCCUGGACAUUAUGUCAAACAAACAGGAACAGCAUUUACUGAUACUGUAUGUGGUAACUGCAUGGAAGGGACUUACUCUAAUGGCUCUUUCACUGCCUGUCGACCACAUUCAAAUUGUGAGAUUAAAGGCCUUAAAGGAAUAAAACCAGGAACAAUAUCAUCUGAUGUGGAAUGUGGGAAGUCAGUUCCAAUUGCUAUCAUUGUUGGAGUCGUUGUUGGAGUCAUUGUUGGUGUUUUGGUGACAGCUGUUGGGAUAAAAAUCUAUUGCAAAGUUAAACAGAAGAGACAGGCUUUUGACAGAAGUAUAAUUUUUUGCUCAGUACCAAUACAAGAGAGUGAUGGUCAGUGUGAACCAACAUCACCAGACUCAGUGACCCCUCUUAUAUUCAACACUAGUAGCCCUUUACAUCAAUCAGCUGCCUGUUCUGUUUCAAGAGGAGACAUGCAGUGUGUGACCUGAUAUUGAAAGAAAUUUAAUCUUGGUCUUAAGGAAUCCAAAAGCUCUACCAAAGAACCUGAAGACUCCAUAAACAGCUGAUGAGCGAAUCUAAAGGGCUUCUUCUUAAUUACCGCUUCUAUUCUGUGGUGAAUGGUAAAUGGAAGAGCUGUCAGUCUGAGCGAUCAAUACAGCACGCUCUCACUGUAAAGCAGGUCUUUAUCGUCCCUACCCACUAUACCCACCCAUCAUACCUGAGAUCCACUUUCCAUUGGUUGAACUUAAAAGACGUUGGAACUCAAAGAAAGUUGGAAAACACUGCAUCAUCAUUAUAGUGAAGCGAUCGGAUCCCGUUUGUCUUGCAGCUCUUGCAAAGCAGCAUGGAAUGCCAUGAGGAUCACCUCAAGAUCUACACAUUGUAUUAUGUUGUGUUUAUUUGACUCGAGAACACCUGCUCUAAAUAAAUAUAUGUGAUUUGGUUUAGUAAUGUUUGUUGAAGUUACAAACCAAAAUGCAGCCCAAAAGCAGCAUGUGUACUGUUUACAUGUACUUGGUAUUGUCUACCUGAAACAAUGAUUCUUGUUGAGACCUUUUUCCUCUUUCAACCAAAACCAAUAAUGGUGGUUUUAGGUCUAAAUUUGGUCUUAUUUUUUAUCUCAUGUAUUGGAUAAUUAUGCACUUUAGUUUGAAAGUGGGCACUGAUGUCCACCCUAUAUCACCAAGGUCCACUCACUUUUCAACUUCUGGCAUUGCCACUGCUGUGGACUGCUUUUGUAACUUCUUUUUGGACUCCUUGCUCUCAAGUUUGAACAUGCAGAGCUUGACAACAUCACUAGCUGGAGACUAACAAUCCAGGACUAGAUGUGUUGAAGAAACCAGAACAGAGUUUAUGCACUUCAUAUGAACAUGAUCAAUUUAGGGAUCGCAUUAUUCAUUGCUGCUACUUUGAACUUUAAACUGUUUCAGACUUGUGCUGAAUAUGAGAUAAAUGGAGAAUGCUGUUCCAUAUUUCAGGUACAAUAUACAUUGCGUAAUAUUUGCUUUUGCCUGACAACUGUAUUAGUAACAGCUCAAAGACUUUUUCAACAUUUAUUAAGCAAACAAAAUUAAGUUUUUCAAAUCACAGUUCCAAUUUCCAGUGUAGCUUACAGAUCAAACAUUCUAAACAAUAAA